UUGAAAUCUGACUACUUCUCAGUUCUCACCUCUCGUAUAGUAUAAUGGCGGACAAUUUGUAAAGUAAUGCAAACGUAACGUUUUACGGCAUGCGUUUUAUAAAUAUUUCACAAAGAACAGAUAUUAUUCUAUUAUUAAAGUUAUCAAAAAACACAUGACCGAAUAAAAACUUGCUACGCUACAGUUUUAACAUGGCUCGCGAGUUUGAUCAUCUCUUCAAAUUGCUCAUUAUCGGUGACAGUGGUGUGGGUAAGAGCUGCCUCCUCCUGCGUUUCGCUGACAAUACGUUCUCUGGCAGUUAUAUUACAACUAUUGGUGUUGACUUUAAAAUAAGAACUUUAGAAAUAAAUGGUGAACGUGUGAAACUACAAAUUUGGGAUACUGCAGGCCAAGAAAGAUUCAGGACAAUAACAAGCACAUACUACAGAGGGACUCAUGGUGUCAUUGUUGUUUAUGAUGUUACUAAUGGAGAGUCCUUUGCCAAUGUAAAGAGAUGGCUUCAUGAGAUCGAACAAAAUUGCGAUGUCGUUAAUAAAGUUCUUGUUGGCAACAAGAAUGAUUGUCCAUCAAGAAAAGUUGUAGUUACAGAAGAUGCCCAAAGGUUUGCAAAUCAAAUGAAUAUACCAUUAUUUGAGACUAGUGCAAAGGAAAACAUAAAUGUGGAAGAAAUGUUUUUGACAAUCACAAAAAUGGUACUCAGAUCAAAAUUGGAAAUGAAAGAGAGGCAAAAUGUAUCACCAAAUGAUGUAGUAAAUAUUAGAAAGAAUCAUAGCAAAGGUAGAAAGAAAUGUUGUCAGUAACAGAAGUUGACAUUUAGCCAGGGAUGUCGCUAUAUUAUGCUCAAAAUGAGAUGUUGCACAACCCUACCAAGACAGGUACCUUGGCCAUGUAGUUUUAAUACAAAUGAUGCCUUAAAGGUUUUAUUUUCAAUCAUACCCCCUACAACUAUACAGAAUGGCAUUAAUGCUAACAUAUUAUAAGACAAAAUAUUUGUUUAGUCUAAAAAACAUUUCAAUCUUUUAUUGGAAGUGGACUAUACAAAUAAUGUUUUAUACCAAUUUUUAUUGUAAUCCUUUAAAUACAUAAAGUACAUAUCUAGGGAUCGGUUAUUUUUCCAAAACAACCGCAAAUUUGUUCCAGGUUACUCAAGGGACUUGAUACAAUUUUUAAACAUUUUUUGUAGGGGGCAUUAAGUGUAUUAAUCCUUUUAUAUUAUGUCGAUCUCUGAAUUAAGUUAUUCCAGCCAAACAUGCUUUAUUAUCCUGUGUCUCUUAAACAAUAAUGGUAGUGCUGGGUUGCACACUCAUGGAUUAGGGCAUGUUAUGGAAUCUUUGACUCCAAAUAUUACAUUAAGAUAAGGAAAGUUUAGUUAGUAUAUGAAUGUAUUCCCAUUUUCAAAAUUGUAUGAUGAAGUGUCAUGUGAAAAUUGUAUAAAUGUAUACUUACCAUUAAUUAAUUUUAAAAUUACUUUAAUAUUAUUCCAAUUUGUAUUCAGGCUAUUAGUGUCAUCACAUAGAGAGAAUUAGACCAAUAGAAGUAUUUAAAAUGUUCUGUUAAAGUAUUAUAUUAAAACAAGUAAUGUAAGUUUCAUUUUGAACACCCAUUUUACCAGGGACCUAACAUAGUAAUAUCUAACAAAAUCACAAGUUCAUACUCUGAAUCCAGUGUUAUAAAACAAGAUCAUAUUUAUAUUUUUUUAUUUGCAAUUGGCAAAGUAUAGAAUUUAAUGAUUACAUGGACUGUCAAACAAAAUUCCAUAAUUAUUAUUUUAGUCUAUUGUUGUAUUUUUAUUAUUUGGAAUGAAUUAGGGGGCGUCCAUAAAUUACGUGAGGUGUUUAAGGGGGGGGAGGGGGUCGAGUCAAAUCUCAUCUAAUCAUCUCAGAAAAUUAAAAAAAACACCUCACGUAAUUUAUGGACGCCCCCUUACUGCUUAGUUUAAAAUUUUAAUUAAGGUGCAAAAAUGUAACUCAUACCAAUUAUUUAGGUUAUCAUUUGCCAAAAUCUUGAACUAUUUUACUAAUUUUAUCUCUGUAUUAUUUGCCUUUUUCAUUCCGUACAAUUGUACUGUUGGCUAAUGUUUGGCACUUAUGUAAAUGCAUUUUAUUAUUUAAUUAAAUACUCUUUUGUAUGUGCUUGUUUUUAUUACAAUUAUAUUUACAAAAAGGAAACAAUGGGACCGGUCUAAACAUUUUAAAGAGCACUUUUUUAAUUUAUUAUGGUACUCAUAUUUAUAAGAAUUAUUGUUGAUACCAGCAUCAUAAAUUGAAAAUAGAUGAUAUAUUUUGCUCAUAAUAA